AUGAGGAAGGGCUUGAGCUUCAGAGAAGCCAGGAGGCUGAACUAUGUGCGCCCUUUCAGCACCUCUCCAUCCUGUUUAGCUUUAUCCCAGGACACAGGUCGUCUCGACUUUCGAGCCAUCGACUCCAAAUGGCAGCAGAGAUGGACGGCCCGAGCCCAAGCCCAAGCCCAGCGGCCGAAAUCCACGUCGCCCAAGUCCUACAUUCUCCCUAUGUUCGCUUAUCCCUCAGGCUCGCUGCAUAUGGGUCACCUUCGUGUCUACACAAUCUCCGACGUAAUCGCACGAUAUCGACGAAUGCGAGGUGAUCAAGUUUUACAUCCCACAGGCUGGGAUGCCUUUGGUUUACCAGCUGAAAAUGCUGCGAUAGAGCGUGGAAUUGAUCCUGCAGUGUGGACCGAGCAGAACAUAACAAAGAUGAAGCAACAGCUCAAGAGCAUGAAUACCAGCUUCGAUUGGGACGCGGAAAUAUCUACAUGUUCACCCUCAUUCUAUAAGCAUACACAGAGUAUAUUCUUGAAGCUGUUUCGGCAUGGUUUAGCAUACCAAGCAGAAGCCCUUGUCAACUAUGAUCCGGUGGACAAAACCGUUCUUGCAAAUGAACAGGUUGACAGCAAUGGGCGAUCUUGGAGAUCAGGAGCCCUUGUACAGCAGGUCAAUCUUCGCCAGUGGUUCUUCCGUAUCACCGAAUUUAAAGAGGCUUUGCUGCAAGACCUUGACUACUUGUCUGAAGGCGGCAGAUGGCCAGACAGAGUCGUUUCGCAACAACGCAAUUGGCUUGGUCGUUCUACCGGAGCGCGAAUUAAAUUUGAGCUGAGAGAUCAAGCUGGUUUCUCAACACCAGCCCCUGUAUUCACAACACGUCCUGAUACGCUGUAUGGGGUGAAAUUUCUUGCUUUGUCUAUGAGCCAUCCCCUCGUCAAGCAACUGGCCACCCAUGAUCCUGAACUGCAGCGGUUUCUGGACAGGCGAGCUUCCUUUCCACCCGAUUCCAAAGAAGGCUUUGAGCUGCCUUUGAAAGCUGUCCAUCCUUUGUCCCAAGAACCGCUGCCGGUGUUUACCGCGCCGUAUGUUUUGGAGGACUAUGGUGAGGGAGCUGUUAUGGGUGUGCCCGCGCAUGAUACGAGGGAUCUCAGCUUUUGGAAGUCACAUCAACCCGCGGAUCCCGUUACAAGAGUGGUAGCGUGCGCGGAGGCCGAGCCGGAACCACUUUACUCCCUGCCUCAUGACCUUUCCGAGGCCUACACCGGCCACGGACUAUUAACCUCGGCCUGUGGCCCUUAUGCUGGAAUGGAAAGCCGAGCAGCAGGCAUAAAGAUUGUCAGCGACCUGCAGAAGCGCAAUCUUGCAGAGCCAUUUGAAACCUGGAAGCUCCGCGAUUGGCUGGUAAGUCGACAGAGAUAUUGGGGUACCCCUAUACCUAUCAUCCAUUGCCCCAGUUGUGGUAUCGUUCCUGUACCAGAAGAAGAUCUUCCUGUGGUCCUACCGCCUCUAGACUCAUCUAUUAAAGGCCAGACAGGCAAUCCCCUUGACAAGCUGGAAGAAUGGGUCCAUUGCACAUGCCCCCAGUGCCGAAAUCCAGCCCGACGAGAGACAGAUACCAUGGAUACCUUCGUUGACUCGUCCUGGUAUUUUAUGCGGUUUCCUGAUCCUCAAAACGAAAAUCAGCUUUGCUCCCAAGAGUCAGCGCACAACAUGCUACCUGUCGAUAUAUAUAUUGGCGGCGUUGAGCAUGCAAUUUUACAUUUGCUCUAUGCACGCUUCAUCUACAAGUUUCUUUGCAAGGAAGGUCUCAUGACAAAAGAAUGCGGAAGACAAGAACCAUUUCAGCGACUUGUAGCGCAAGGCAUGGUACAUGGAAAGACAUUUUCUGACCCGCAAACUGGUCGAUUUCUCCUUCCAGGAGAACUUGCCGCCGAUGGGGAUCGUAUCGUCAUGAAGUCCACUGGAAAAGUACCCAAUGUUACCUUUGAGAAGAUGUCAAAAAGUAAACACAACGGCGUCGAUCCUACCACAGCUAUAGAAAAAUUCGGAGCUGACACCUUACGAGCUCAUAUCCUUUUUGCAGCUCCCGUUAGCGAGGUUUUGCAAUGGGAUGAAGAGAAGAUUGUCGGCAUCCAGAGAUGGCUUAGUCGGGUCAGACGUCUCGUUGCAGAUCUUUCUGAGCGCAACACCUCCUUGGCCGCCGUCGAUGGAGACCCCGACUCAACCAACAUGAUACAGAAGUUGACGAACAGCGACGCCGAUGUCUUGCUCCUGGCUUCAAGUACAAGUCGAAACAUUCGCGAUACGUUUGAAAACGACAUCUACAGCCUCAACACAGCGAUCUCGGACCUUACUAAACUUACCAAUAAAAUUCAGGAGGUUGGAAUUGACAACCUCACCCUGCAAGUCGCGCAGCAGGUGAUCCAUGCGCUCCUGAAGAUGAUGGCACCAAUCACACCGGCAUUCGCGGAAGAGUGCUGGGAAGAGCUUAUCAAGAACGAAUCAGAGGGAAGCAUCUUCGACGAGAUUUGGAGCGGUGAUAUUAUCAGCCCGGAACAAGAGUCUGUCCUCAAAGGACGCAAACAACUGAUCACCUGCGCAGUUCAGGUGAACGGAAAGCUUCGAUUUACGACGGAGAUUCCUGUUACUCAGCCCAACGGAGCUUCUUCUGGAGGAAAGGAAGAACGUGAAGAAGCGAUCCUGAAGACGAUUCUUGCUACGGACGAAGGUCGACUGUGGCUGACCGAGAAGAACGAUUGGGACCGGAGAAAGAGGGUGAUUGUUGUCGGCAAUGGAAAAGUAGUGAACGUGGUCUUUUGA